CGGGGGGGCUGGAUCUGAGGCCACACGUCAUUCCUUGCCACGCUGGCGUCGUCGUGAUGGCCGUGUUCAUGUGUCUCUUUCUGUACCUGCAGCUCUGCAGCUCCUGGGGGGAUCCCGCAGCCGCCGGCGGGGGCUUGGACGAGGUUCAGAUCGAGGUGCUUUUCAUACCCGAGGACUGUACACGGAAAAGCCGCAGAGGCGACCUGAUGAAUGCGCAUUAUGACGGAUACCUGGCGCAGGACGGGACCAAAUUUUACUGCAGCCGGUCGGAUAAAGCUGGCCAUCCCCAGUGGUUCAUCCUCGGAGUCGGACAGAUCAUCAGAGGCCUUGACAUGGGUAUGAUGGGCAUGUGUGCAGGGGAGAAACGCAAAAUCACCAUCCCUCCGUCGCUGGCUUACGGUGAGAAGGGCAAAGACCCGUUGAUUCCCCCAAACGCCACAGUGAUAUUUGAAGUGGAGGUUUAUUCUGUGUCCAGAGGACCGCGCAGCAAGGAGGGCUUCAUGGAAAUAGACGUGGACAUGGACAGGAGCCUCAGUAAAGAUGAGGUGAGGAAGCACUUAAAGCAAAGUUACGAGAAGGACGGCAGACAGCAAGAAGAAAAAUUUUAUGAUGCUAUUAUUGCUGAUUUAUUUCGCAAGAGUGAUCAUGAUGGAGAUGGAGAGAUAUCUGCAAAGGAGUACAAUGUUUACCAGCAUGACGAAUUCUAGCAUCCUCUGAGUCUCCCCUAGCCCGAGGCACAUGAUGAUUUUCUAACAAAAACUGCCCCAAAGCUCAAUACCUCAACAAAUAAAUGCCAACACAUUUUUUCUCUUUGGUUCCUUUAGUUAUUUUUGUUGUUGUUCAUGUAUCACAAAGGGGUUAUGUAAUGUUGUAUGUAAUGGAGUUUUAUCAUGUGGUUCUCGUUUUAAAGAGCAUCUGAACUGUAUUUUGGAGUUCCAAAAUCCAUGACUGAUAAAUAGACUUUUGUACAUAAAUAAAUCGUUUUUUUUGCUUUAAAACCCAGGAAUUUAAUGAGAAACAGAAUGUGAAAAAUCUUUAUUGGGGUUCACUAAAUGUGACAUAUAAAAUGCUUCACUGGCUUGCGUUGCUAGGUCUGACUGAAUUAUGCAGACCACCAUGGAGACCAUCUGGAAGCUAAUUAGCACCAACCUGUCUGCAGCACUGAACUCCGGUGCACCUCAAGCUUCUCGUAACUGUGUUUUACAGAAGCCUGCUUUGUCAGCAUCACCCAGUGGCUGUCACUCAGUAGAGCUGAGGCAAUACCCUGUAUUCACCUGGUGGUCUUGUGCCACAGGUCAAAACAGGGCACCACGUGCAAUCGGAUGUAUUUCUGUCCAUUGGAGGAGCACUCAAGGCAGCCAUAGACAGUCUCCCGCCGUUGCUGGCCCAUGCCACAGAGCGCACAUGGGCCCUUGGGGAUGUUGUGGUUUAGCAGGUUGAUGCGGGUGUGAGAGCCUUCCCGUAGGUAGCCUGUGGAGAUGUCUGUCAUGCUCGCCGCCUUCUCAUAGUAGUCUGCCACAAGGUCCUCCAUGUACAUGUCAGAGUGGGCUACCUCCACAAAUGUCCUGUCAUCUUGACAUGAGGAGAAAAUGGCUGUCAUUUUCCCUCAUCAAGACAAACAGUCAGUCCGUAAACAGUCAAACAUGAGAAGUGGUUUCUGGGCCCGACCUGCUCUGAAGGGGUUUCCGUACACCAUGCCUGAGAAGAACCUUCUCAGGCGUCCAAAGGACAGGCGGCUGAUGAAGCCACCCAGCUGCUCUCGAAUUUGCUCCUUCUCAAAGCCACCAGGGGACUCGGAUGUUACGCAAAGGUCUUAACAACACGGCAUAUGGGACAAAAACAUCUGUGUGAUUGCAUGUCCAUUAGCUGUCUAGUUACUUGGCACAUCAUAUCAUGCUGUGUAUUUUUGGUUAUAGAUUUGAGUACCCUGUAGGUAAUUCAUAGAGAAUAGUAUGUGUACACAGCUUGUCCAGGAAAUGCUUACCCAGUGUCCCAUCCAGUCUUACAAAAAGCUCAAAUAUGCUGUAUGCGAUUGUUGUAUGUGCUGGUAUCACUAUGGCCUUAUCACGGCCCUUUGGUUUGCGGUCAUCAUCAAUCUGAAACUGAUGCAAGAAAUGUAACCAACCAAUCACAGGUGGCAGCAGGAAGUGGAAACUUGCUCAGUGUUUGUGAGUAGUCACCCUCAUAGUCUUCCCCCGCAUUCCCGCAUGCACAGUGAGGGAACACUGUCGAGUCGUGCGGAUGCUCUCCAUGACGACACACAGAAUGGCCCGCCCACUCUCCUUUGAUUGGCGGAUAAGACAGUGGUCUAGAUCCACUUUCCUGAAGUGAAACAUUUGCAUUUGAAGAGGUUACACAUUUUGGGCAACUGACAUGAACUCAAUUACUGCUGUGAGCCUUUACGCACCAGCACCCAUGCAGUACAAAGAAAAGGUCAAGUGUUUGAAUUGGUGGGGAUCUGGGGAGGGGAGGGGAGAGCCCUGCAGAGGGCAGUGUGGUGCACCAAGUGAAUCACCAAGACAACACUGCCCACUGUGCAGGACAUCUGCAUCCAACAAAGUAGGUCCGCCAUAAUCUGCAUUAUCAGAUACACCUCCCAAGCUAUAAACUGUUCCCGUGGCUGUGCCUUAUGGUCUGGACUGAGCGGCUGAGCAGGCCAUUAGGAUCAUUAAUACCACCUAUUUAAAAACUAAAAAAGCGUGAAACUGCAACUUGCACUUUAAAUAUUUUCUCCUAUUUAUAACUUUAUCUUUACUUUUAUACUUUUAUAUAUUUCUGUAUUUUAGUAGUUAUUUUGUUAACUUACAUUAUUUAAUUUUGUUGUCCUUGUACCUUGUUUAUUGAACAGUCUAUAGUGGCAAUUUCAUUUUACAGCUGGUGUACCACUAUUUUUGUGCAUGUGACAAAUAAAGAUCUUCAAUUUUGAAUCAAA